GAGUUUGGAAACGCAGUCGAAGCGAAUCGUAGCGCUCUCUAGUUCAAUUUGGAUUCGGCACAUUAGCAGCAAAAACGUAAAGCUUAGAUAAGAGGAGGCAUGGGGCACAUCUGGCUGACACUCGUAGUGCUCAUCUAUGGCAUCUAUGGGGUCUUAGGACAAGGCGGACAUCGCAGCCGAUACGAGCCAAAUUGGGCGAGCUUGGAUCAGAGGCCAUUGCCCAGGUGGUAUGAUGAGGCUAAGGUGGGCAUAUUUCUGCAUUAUGGCGUUUAUUCAGUGCCUAGUUUUGGAUCGGAAUGGUUCUGGACCAAUUGGAUAAAUCUGCGAAAUCCCGACUAUAUACGCUACAUGCAGCGCAACUAUAAACCCGACUUUACGUAUCAGCAAUUUGCCGAUCAAUUUACAGCGGAGCUCUUCAAUGCCACACAGUGGGCGUUGCUCUUUCGCGACAGUGGUGCUAAAUAUGUCGUGUUGACGAGCAAACAUCACGAUGGCUACACGCUGUGGCCCUCGAAGUACAGCUUUGGAUGGAACGCUGUCGAUGUGGGACCCAAGCGGGAUAUCAUCAAGGAGCUGGCAGCAGCUAUACGUGGUAACACGGAUCUGAAGUUUGGCUUGUAUUAUUCGUUGUUCGAGUGGUUCAAUCGCAUGUGGAUCGAUGAUAAGUUGCAUAUGCUGCUCCAACAGCACUUUGUCGACUACAAGGUGCGACCGGAGCAAAUGGAGCUGGUGGAGCAGUAUUUGCCAGAGAUCAUUUGGUCCGACGGUGACUGGGAGGCGCCGGCCAAGUAUUGGAAAUCCGAGGAGUUUAUUGCUUGGCUGUACAAUGACAGUCCUGUCAGGGAGACGGUGGUCACCAAUGAUCGCUGGGGCUUUGGCACCGCUUGUCUGCAUGGCGAUUUUUAUAAUUGCGCAGAUCGCUUUAAUCCCGGCGUGCUGCAGGCCCACAAAUGGGAGAAUGCCUUCACGCUGGAUCGCACUAGUUGGGGACAACGUUUCGAUGUCACGCUCGAGAACUUUAUGAGCUCGAAAGAUGUCAUCAAGGAGAUUGUCAGCACGGUCAGCUGCAAUGGCAAUGUGUUGAUCAACGUGGGACCCACCAAAUAUGGCACCAUUUUGCCCAUUUUCGAAGAGCGAUUGCGUGACAUGGGCCGCUGGCUGAAGAUCAAUGGCGAGGGCAUCUACAGCAGCGCACCGUGGAUCUAUCAAAAUGAUACACUUACUCCCAAUGUGUGGUACACCCGUGGUCAGCAAUCUGAUAAUUCCAGUGUAGUCAUCUAUGCCUUUGUGCUGGAAUAUCCUUAUGAUACCAAUGAGAUUGAUUUGUAUCCCCUGGGCAAGGAAAUCAACAUCUUUCGCAAUGUGAUGCUAACGGGUUUGGAUAUGGGCAGCGAUAGCGAUGUGCUUAACAAGAAAACCACAGAGAUCACCAUGCUGGGCAUGCAGGAUACAAAGAUACAGUGGACGUCGAGUCACAAUAAAUUGCACAUUGUUUUCCCACCUAAACAUCACAUCGACAAGCGAGGGCUGGACUUAGCUUGGACCUUCAAAAUAACUAUAGUUUAAAUCGAAUUGAGCCAUUUGAAAUAUUUGCGCAGGCAUGAAUAUAUUAUACAUAUUUGUACAUUGUA